AUGCAGAUGGAGAUAAGACCCAAUUUCCUGGAGUCGUAUUGGAGGGUGGGGUCGAUCUGCGGACGACGCCCGGCUCGAGGUCUGCAAUUCUUCAGUCCACGAGCAUUCUCUCCUGGAGUAUUCCGUUCUCGUCCGUCGGCGAACAUGGAAGAAGAUAGAAAGUCGACCGCGGGUGAUCUGCUGAUGAAGGUGAUGGCGUUGGCCGGGUUCCGCGGGUUCCUUCCCGAGGGAUGGAUCCACGGCUGGGGACGCGUCUACUGCCUCCUCCUCACAGCCCUCGACGUCUCUCUCAUGGGCCUCUCGGCGUAUUACAUAUACGUCCAAUCCCUUGCCGAGAAGGAAUUCAUACGUCAACUCAUACCCAUGGUGCAGGAGGCAUUCAUCGUCGCUAACCUCGCUCUGGCGGUGUUGGACGUAAGGAUGCAGUGGCGUUUUCCCGCGCUUCUCCGUCAAGUGUCUGCUCUGGAGAAGAAGACUCCACCGUCCCCGACCGAUCCCAGCGGUGAUGCACGACAGGUGACGGGCCGUGGAGCUACUCUCCGCGCAUGCGCAGAAGAGAGCUUGACCCCACCGCAGUCGGAACUGCGCAGAUUCCUUGCGGCGGUCGUGGUCGUUGGGUUUUUCAUCUUCGCCUUUGCAUUCGUUGCUCACGUCGAAAUAGUAUUUCGGAAGGGAAGAGCUUCGAUAUGGGCUUUCCUCGCUCAACUGGCCAAUAUUCACAUGUACGUGCGAUUCACCUGCAUCCCCAGCAUGUUUUUCGUCUACGCCUGUCGACUUUCCACCCUCACGUUGCGUGUCGGGAAUUCCACGCUGAAGAAUUUGCAGCCGCGGAGCCGAGAGGCCCACGAACGGGCGAAGAGAGUCCUGAAUCGAUUCGACGACGUGAAGGCCUUCGCAGAGGAAGUUUCUCGUCGCUUCGCGGCCUUUCACCUCCUGAGCUCUCUCUUCACGAUCGUCUUCGUCACCCUGCAGUUGUUCGAUCGGUCGAACGGAUCGAGAGACGACGACUCCUUCUACGCCACGCUCUCCCGCAUCCUCGCUUACGUCCUCGUCUUCUUCGCUCUCACUUCGUGCGCCCAGCAAGUGAAACGAGAGGCCGAUGAAACCGUUUCCAGGAUCCGAGAGAUCAGCUGUCGUUCCGCCUCGGACGAAAGCAUCAUUCGAACGUGGAAAUAUGCUGGAAGUGGACCGAAGUCUCUUCACUUGUUCACAGCCUUCACAGCCCUCGACGUCUCACUCAUGGGGCUUCUCGUGUAUGUUUUCUACAAUGCAUCUCUCGACAACGAGGAACUCGUGUCUCGAUUGGUGCCCAUCAUGCGGAUGGUUUUCGGCGCCGUCACCUUCGUUUUGGCGUUGUUGGAUGCAUGGAUGCAGUGGCGCUUUCCCCAGCUUCUCCGUCGCAUGGCCGCUCUGGAGAAGACCCCAGCGCCUCUGACCGAUCCCGGCGGUGAGGCCCGACAGAUGAUGGGCCGUGAAGCUACACGCCGCGCAUGCGCAGAACGAAGCUUGAUCCCUCCGCAGUCGGAACUGCGCAGAUUCCUGGUUGCUGUCGUGGUAGUGGGGUUUCUCCUCUUUUCCUAUGUAUUAGCUGCUCAUGUCGCAGUCGCUUGUCUGCGGGGAGAAGAUUCGAUAUGGUUUUACCUCAAGGAACUCACCUACAUUCACCUCUAUACGAGAUUCACCUGCAUCCCGAGCAUGUUUUUCAUCUACGCCUGUCGGCUUUCCUCUCUCUCGCUCCGCGUCGGGAAUUCUUCGCUGGAAAUUUUUGAGCAGCCGAGUCGAGAGGCUCACGAACGGGUGAAGCGGGUCCUGAAUCGAUUCGACGAGGUGAAGGCCUUCGUCGGGGAAGUCUCCAGGCACUUCGCAGGCUAUCAUCUCCUGAGCUCUCUCUUCAUGAUCUUCUUCCUCACUCUGGAGUUGUUCGUUCAGUUUGACCGAUUCGAUGCCAGCGGCUUCUACAUCUCGCUCUCCCGGAUCCUGGCUUACCUUCUCGUUUUCUUCGCCUUCACAUCCUUUGCUCAGCAAGUGAAGCGAGAGGCUGAUGAAACCAUCUCCAGGAUCCAGGAACUCGGCUGUCGGCCUGACUUGGACGAGAAUAUCGCUCGAACGCUUCACAAGUUCGUGAGCGAAUACACCGUCCACCCGGUGGAAUUUUCAGCCGGAAACAUGCUGGAAGUGGACCGAAGUCUCUUCACUUCCAUCGUAGCUUCGGUGGGGACGUACCUCGUGGUCCUCCUCCAGUUCAGCCAUCCGUGAAAAUCAGUACUUUUGAUGCUCCCUGAUACGUAUAGAAAUUUCCCUCUUCGUUUCCCUAGACGUACACGACUGAAGUGUACUCUUACGGUAAUCAGAGAGGGGAAAGGAGGAAUUAAUACUGUGUGUUCCUCCUGAAGUGUGAAG